AUGAAGUUGGAAGGUCUGAUAUUGGUGGCUAGUUUCUUCUACCUUGGAUAUACGCAGCAGGUCAAGGGGCAAACUCGCGAGAAUUGCAAAACUAGUUGUGGCAACGUCACAAUCGAGUUCCCCUUCGGCAUUCUUACAGGUUGUUACUAUGACAAAGAUCCUAGUUUCAAGCUCACCUGCGACGAGGAAGAGAAGCUACUCUUUAAUGGCCUUCAAGUGGUCAACAUUUCUCACAGCAGCCAGCUACGCAUCCUGUUCCCUCCAUCCUACGUCUGCUUCAACGGCCAGGGAUUUAUUAAGGGCAUUCACUACUAUACUGAGAAGCUGGGUAAUUUAACUCUCUCCGACGACAACGUCCUUACUGUAGUAGGCUGUAACGCGUACGCUUUUGUCAACACUGCUGAAACCUUAGUUGGAUGCAUGUCAGAAUGCGAUGCUAAACCCCUGUUAGAAAACAGAGAAUGUAAUGGUGAAGGUUGCUGUCAGAACCCCGUCGCCGCAGGGAGCAGUGUGUACAUCGUCAAGGUAUAUCGCGCUACCAAGGACACUAUGGAGUCUGUGGUGCGUCCUUUCAGUAGUCCUUGCGUCUACGCCUUCCUCGCCGAGAAUGGCACGUUUAAGUACAACUCUUUGGAAGAUCACACUUACCUGCAGACUAGCAACUUCCCUGUGGUGUUAGAUUGGUCUAUUAGAGGAGAGACAUGCGGGCAAGCUGGAAACUUGUGCCGCACGAACAGCAUAUGUUCCAAUUCUACUGGCUUUACCGGUUAUGUCUGCAACUGUGAAGACGGUUACCAUGGGAAUCCAUAUCUUCCAAAGGGUUGCCAAGACAUCAAUGAGUGUACGAGCGGUAGAGAUAACUGUUUUGAUCAUAAUACCUGUGAAAACAUGCCGGGAAGCUUCUAUUGUAAAUGCCCAUCUGGUUCCCACCUAAAUACCACUGAUAUGCGCUGCAUGCCAAACGGCACGCCUGCAUACGUUGAAUGGACUACGAUUUUUCUUGGAACCACCAUCGGCUUCUUGGUCAUCCUACUUGUCGUUAGCUGUGCACAACAGAGGAUGAAGCACAGGAAAAACACAGAGCUCCGACAACAGUUCUUUGAACAAAACGGUGGCGGCAUGUUGGUACAGAGACUCUCAGGAGCAGGGCCUUCAAAUGUUGAUGUAAAAAUAUUUACCGAGGAAGGCAUGAAGACAGCAACCGACGACCCAGAAUACUACAACACAGGGUUACUAAACGAAAAGAGUGAUGUUUACAGCUUCGGUGUAGUCCUCAUGGAACUUCUCUCAGGUCAAAAGGCAUUGUGCUUUGAAAGGCCACAGAACUCAAAACAUCUGGUGAGUUACUUUGCUUGUGCUAUGAAAGAGCAGAGAUUGCAUGAGGUUAUUGACGGACAAGUGUGGAACGAGGAUAAUCAGAGGGAGAUCCAGGAAGUUGCAAGAGUUUCUGUUGAGUGUACAAGAGUGACCGGAGAGGAAAGGCCAAGGAUGAAGGAAGUAGCUGCAGAGCUUGAGGCCUUGAGAGCCACAAAGACCAAACACAAGUGGUCGGAACAUUAUUCUGAGCCAGAGGAAAGUAAUCACUUGCUCGGCGUUGAAAUCUUAUCAGCACAAGGUGAUACCAGCAGCACUGGCUAUGACAGCAUCAAGAAUGUAGCUAGGUUGGACAUUGAAGCUGGCCGCUGA